AUGACACUGCACGAUCAAGUUGUCAAGUCCUCAACACAGUUCAAGAUGCAUUCCAUUCUGGCUUCCGUCUACGCUCUCUCUUCCCUGCUUCCCCUCGCCAUUGCCCAAACUUCCGGCACGUUCAACACCCUCACUUUCAAUGUCGCUGGUCUUCCUGCUGCCCUGAACGGCAACGAUGUUCCCGGUGAUAAGACAACAAACACUGCCCGUAUUGGAAAGUUGUUCUCUCAAUACGAUAUCGGUGUCAUCAACGUUCAAGAGGACUUCAACUACCAUGCCACACUAUAUGCCAACGACGAUCACCCAUAUAGGACGCCUACCAGCGGAGGAGUGCCAUUUGGCAGCGGCUUGAACACUUUGAGCAACUAUCCUUACACUGGAUUUCAGCGAGUCAAGUGGAACACGUGCAGUACUUUCGAUAGUGCGGACUGCCUCACACCCAAGGGCUUCACUUUCAUGCGUGUCAAGAUUGCCGAAGGCGCAGUAGUCGACAUGUACAACCUACACGCCGAUGCCGGCACCACAGCCGCCGACAACAAGGCCCGCGCAGCCAACCUGCGCCAAGUCUCCGACUACAUCAAGGCCAACUCCGUCGGCAACGCCGUCGUCGUCUUCGGCGACUCAAACUCGCGUUACACACGCACCGACGACAUCCCCGACGUUUUCAAGACCGAAAACGGCAUGACGGAUGUCUGGCUCGAGCUCGUCAAGAACGGUGUCCCACCUGCCAAGGGCGCCGACGCGCUUCUCUGCUCGAACCCCUCCACGACCAACGAGUGCGAGAUCGUCGACAAGACCUGGUACCGCGGCUCUGACGCUGUAACGCUCAAGGCCACGAAGUUCGACUACGCAGGCCACAUGUUCCUCCAGGAGAACGGCGACUUGUUGAGCGACCACAACGGUGUGCUUGUAGACUUUUCUUGGAGCCUGAAUGCCCGCCGAAGCGUGUCUGAUGUGUUUGGCGGUGAAGAAGGUACGUGGUACAAUGACCUGAGCGCCAUCUCCAGUCUCGCCAGCCCGAAGGUGUCUUCCAUCAUGCUCCGUGGCAAGGAGCGCGUUGAUGCUGUUUCCGUUAGCUUGACUUCUGGACAGACGCUUUCGCAUGGUGGGACUGGUGGCGAGGCGAUUACGCUCGCUUUGGCUGCGGACGAGACGCUGACUUCUGCACAGCUGUGUCAGGGUCAGAAGAACGGUAAGACGAGGAUCUUUUAUGCGCUGGUUACCACUAGUGCUGGCAAGACGGUUUCUACUGGUGUCAAGACGGAUGACUGUGUUACGAGGACUGCGGGGGCUGGUCGUGGUAUUGUUGGCUUUCUUGGUCGUUCGGGCGAUGAGGUUGACCAGUUGGGAUUCAUCUACUCGAGCGCUUAA